AUGGCGGGUGUUGACAAUUGGCGCACAUGUUUGAAUGAUCAGCCGUUUUGUAAACAACUGCGUGAAAAUAAUGCCAAGGAUUCGGGACAGAAACGCUACAGUACAUCAAAGGGUCUUACAGCUAUCCAGGGCGGCGAUCUAUAUGUCUGGGAUAGCUUUUCAUGUCACCUCGUCUUUUACAAUCUAAAGAAUCUUCUGCCUGAGUGUGCAGAUCGAGAGAGGAAUCAGGCACAGAUCCUUCUAUGUUCCAAUGCACCAAGGUUUGAAGUUGAAUUCUUGACCUUUAACCUCACUGGUAGUCUUGUAGCCCUAUGGGGAAAAGGUGGAAUCACUGUUCUGGAACUCCCUAAACGCUGGGGGAGAUAUGCUGAACUGGAGGGGGGCAAACCCUCCAUAUCCUGCAAAUCUAUUAGUAUUGCCAGCCAUUUCUUUGCCAGUCACAAAGGAGCAGGGCUUCAACAGGUUUUAUGGCAUCCUGGGAGUGAAUCUGACACACACAUGGCUUUUCUCACCUCGAAUGGUAUACUCAGUGUGUACAACAUACAGUUCCCUGAUGUUCCAGUACAGGUGAUCCACGUCGACAGUCAGGAACCAAGCCAGUCCGCCAGCUGUAUCUCUGUGGCGACCGCACUGGGCGAGAAAACCAUGGGAUUCGACUUUGGCCCUCCAAUACAACUGAGUCGCCGAGCAUCCUUCUCUCUGUCAUCACAGAUGGACAGUACCACUGUGUGGCCUGCCUACGUGGUCAAGGGUAACGGAGACAUGCUAGUGGCCUACACAGACUUACUUAGCAGCAGUCCAGUGAAGCUUGCACCCCAGGGUCCCCUUCUCAUGCAUCCCCCAGCUGAAGACAAUUACGGCGUGGAUGCUUGUUCUGUUUGCUGUCUAGGAGAGACUCCAACUGUCCUAGUGAUUGCAACAUGUGAGGGCAAACUUCACCACUGUGUGGUCCUGCCCUCCAAUUCACCAGAAUCUCAGACUGACAGUGAUUGGUCAGCCUCAGCGGGCAGUUCUAGUCAGUUUGAGGGAGCCCCUGAUGUGUCCCUUUAUGUCUAUGAAAGUGUGGAGCUGGAGUUAACGUUGACUACUGCAGCUAAUGAGGCUGAAGAUGAAUUCACUUGUCCCAUAAGACUGCAUAAAGAUGCUGUCAAUUCUGAUUGGUACCAUUGUUCUCAUGUUGCCGGAAUCCACACAGUCAUCCUUCCCUGGCUUGAUAGCUUGGAGACGUUCUGUUACGAUGAUGGCACAGACUUAAAGGACCUGCCAGAACAGCAAGAAUGUAUUGUUGAACACCUGAUAUGUACAAAACCUUUACUGUCAAGUCCGCCGUCCCCUGUACUUGGAGUGGGAGUUGUCAGAGAGGCUUCUCUCGGAACAUUUCUCCUUGUCCUGACAAGCGACAUUCACUUUGUGUCCCUUCCACUGAGCACCAGUACUAAGUACAAAUUGUCUACCCCAGUCAUGGGAACAUCACCCAGACUUAUUCAAUCACCACUACGGAGCCUAGCACAGGAACCCUUCCACCAGCAUAUUGCCAAGAUUCUUGCGAGGAAGUCCACUAAUCCAGUACUCAAGUCAGCUAAGGCAGCCUCCAUGUCAUCACAGGAAUGCUUCCAGUUGUUGUCGCGGACAACUCAGGUAUUCCGUGAGGAAUACUUACAGAAACAGGGACUGGCCCAACAGGAAAUUCAGAAAAGGGUGAGGAUUCUGACACAGCUGAAACAGCAACAACAGCAAGACUUACGUGACCUGGACAACUCACGGGCUCGUCUGCACGAGUCCGCCCAGGAACUUGCCAUUCGCUAUGAGGAUUGUCAGGAAGAACACGAAACCAUACUUCGCAGAAUUGAGGCAGUGAUGCGACGAUUGCAGGCACGCAAUCCUGUUCUGUCUGAGGCCGAGAGAGGGAUGAAAAAAGAUUUAGAAGCUAUGGAGGAACAAUUAGAUAAUUACAAGAGAAGUCUUCACCAGCUGCGGACAAAACAUGAUUACCAGACAAGACAGAUAAAAAAGAGCGAGGUGGCUGCUGCAAGCCACUCUCUUAAAAACUCACAAGUUUCUCAGGUUCGCUCAGUUCUACAACAGGAGGGUGAAGAUUUGUCAAAUAUGCUGCACAGGAUCAAUCAACUCAAAUUAGAUGUAGGAGUGUGACCUCUGGAAGGUCAGUCACAACAAAGUGUCGACACCAAUGGAGGGAGGUUGACCAGUUGGGUGUUGACUUUUCCUACAUCACAGAUCUCAACUCAGGAUGAACUUUGAUUUUAUUGAUGAUAUAAAGAUUAGAGCAAAUAUAGCCAGGAAUAGCUUGGUGUGGAAAAAGGACUCGAGAAUUGUGAUGUAGAGCUGGUGUCUAGCUUAAUAGUGGGACACAAGCUUUGUGAUGUGGAGCUGGUGUCUAGCUUAAUAGUGGGACACUAGCAUUGUGAUGUGGAGCUAGAGUUUAGCUUAAUAGUGGGACACAAGCAUUGUGAUGUAGAGCUGGUGUCUAGCUUAAUAGUGGGACACAAACAUUGUGAUGUAGAGCUGGUGUCUAGCUUAAUAGUGGGACACAAGCAUUGUGAUGUGGAGCUGGUGUCUAGCUUUAUAGCAGGACACAAACGUUGUGUGGAGCUAGAGUCUAGCUUUAUAGUGGGACACAAACAUUGUUGUGUGGAGUUAGAGUCUAGCUUAAUAGUGGGACACAAACAUUGUUGUGUGGAGCUAGAGUCUAGCUUAAUAGUGGGACACAAACAUUGUUGUGUGGAGUUAGAGUCUAGCUUUAUAGUGGGACACAAACAUUGUUGUGUGGAGUUAGAGUCUAGCUUUAUAGUGGGACACAAACAUUGUUGUGUGGAGCUAGAAUCUAGCUUUAU